CUGAACAAAGGUUUGCUUUAUGACAUCUAUUCCGAAAUAUUCACAUUUGAUCAAAACUCCACACAGAUUCCAUGCGAAGCGCUCACCUCAGAGGUGAAUCCCAAGGAGCAGGAUGCAAUUUACAAGCGGUUGAUGCGCUCUCCACCCGACAUCAAGCUGUUGUACGUGACGCCUGAAAAAAUCAGCGUCUCGAACAAGCUCCAAGAGGUUUUCAAAAGUUUGCAUCGUCGAAAUUUUUUAACCCGUUUUGUUAUCGAUGAGGCGCAUUGCGUUUCUCAGUGGGGACACGACUUUCGGCCUGAUUAUGCAAAACUGCAGUCACUACGACGUCAAUAUGCGCAGCCG